CUCUAUCCAUUUCGCCGACAGCCCACACAUAAUCUCUCUUACACAAUUUCCUUCUCUCUCUCACUUAAAUGUAAAAUCCUUGAGACACUCAUUCAUCUCCACUCAUUUUCAUAUCUCUCUGCAAAAAAUUUCUGACUCUGAUAACCUUCACAAAAAAUCUAUGGUACAUUCAAAGAAAUUCAGAGGUGUCAGGCAACGACAGUGGGGCUCCUGGGUCUCAGAAAUUCGCCACCCUUUACUGAAGCGGAGGAUAUGGCUAGGCACAUUUGAAACAGCUGAGGCAGCAGCAAGAGCUUACGAUCAAGCAGCUAUAUUAAUGAAUGGUCAGAAAGCAAAAACCAAUUUCCCUAGAGAUGAUGAUAAUGAUCAUCAUCAUGAUUACAGCAGCAGUAAUGAUCAGUCUCCAUUGCCGCCCAAGGCUCUUUCUGAGAUGCUUGAUACCAAGCUCCGCAAGUGUUGUAAAGACGCUUCUCCUGCUUCACUCACUUGUUUAAGGCUCGACGACGACAGCUCUCGCAUUGGAGUGUGGCAAAAAGGAGCUGGGUCUGAUUCAAGAUCGAACUGGGUCAUGAAGGUGGAGCUUGGAAACAAGAAAACGCAGGUGAUAGAGGACGGAUCGUCACUGUCAUCGUCGUUGCCGGCACUUGGGAUGGAACCUGGAAAAGGGACGUCGGAUGAAGAGGACAGAAUUGCAAUUCAAAUGAUAGAAGAAUUACUUAAUUGGAAUUGACCUGAAAGGAUCUCUAAACUCAUUAUCUUUAGGGCAUUAUAUGUAAAACGGUUAUAUAAUAACCUUUGAUUACGUGGAUUUUAUAUAAAUCCCACUAUAAUCAUCGAUUAACAUAUAACUAUUAAAUACAAUCGAUUGUAUAGAAUAAUUUGUCCAUCUUCAGGUAGGUUAACGUCCUCAAGAUAAGACAAGUAUAGCCUGCAGCUCUAUGAGUUUACCUACUGUACAUAUAUGAUCUUCUUCCUCAAUUUACCUUACAUAGCUUG